AUGCGACGUUUCCGACAGAAAGCGAACAAACGUACCAAACGGAAGGGGACAUUCGAUCCCGAACACCCCACCAACAUCAAGCACACGCGUCUGGGCGUAUGGGAUCUCUACGAUGAAGUCGCGCCGGAGCUCGCGAGCGUUCCAGGUUCCUCAAGCUUGGAGAAGUAUAUGGAGAUGGCGAACAACCUCCCAUACGUCUGGAGGAUGCUCAAGGAUAUUGUGACAAUCCCGUCGUGCUUGCCCUUGCUGGUGUCGUACUUGAUACUCGAGUUUGCUGUAGCUUUGGUGCCAGCGGUUUCUCUGUGGUACUCGAGCCAAAUGUUGAUAAUAGUGCAAACAGCCGUGGACAAGAGAACGGUAGAUACACGACUACUGUCUCAAGUCGCUCUCGGUCGAUUUGGAUGUGCAGUGGUCACCCGAUUGGUGCUCUUCGUGAAGUUCCGCAUCAUGACUCCAUUGAACACGCGAAUCAAGCUGUUCUACUCGCAGCACGUAUUUCGCGCGAAUGUACGCUUGGAUGUCCCGACUUUCGAUGACGGGGCAGUUCAGCGCCAGUUGGAGGAAACUUCUCCCCAGAAUUCUCGAUCCAGCAUCGCUUGGGACACGGUCGUUCUGGCCGCCCGUAUAUCGAGUACUUUCCUCCGUCUCUUCUCCGAGGUGACCGUGCUUGUAACUGUUCUCCACGAGCAGCGGGAUGGGUUGUUAAUGGCUGCAUUGUGUUUCGCGCAAUCCGCGGCUGCAUGGAUGUCUGUCAGGAAGACGAUGCACCCAGGGGGCGUCUGGGCGGCCACGACGAAGAAUGACGAUUAUAUCAAAAUGCAAGGUCUGAAGCAGCUAGUCACAGCACCCGAACACCGCAAGGAAAUCGUUGCCGGUGGUCUUUGGGAGUACUGUGUUUCUUUGUAUCAUUCUUGCCUGGAGAAACUUGGUGACUCAGCUGCCAUGGACUUUUAUGACGCACUGCACCACUUCCGCACUAGCGAUCGUCUCAGUAUCUCAUCUUUCCUCCACGAACCUCUGAAGGAAGCCCCUCACAUUCUAUUCACCUUGCGCGCCGUGCAAUACCCUGCAUCGAUACCCGUUUCAAUAACGUCCCUCCAUUUAGUCAUGAACACCACGCAGACAUUUAUCUACGGGCUUUUUAGUCUAUUAGACGAAACCCGUUCUGUUGCGGACCAGCUCUCUCGGAUACGGAAUAUCUACGAAGUCGGAAAUAUACCCAACAAAAUCGCUGAUGGCAAAGAGCCAUACCCGGAGAAUCAGCAAACCCUCACAAUGGGCAUGGCCAUCGAGUUCAGGAACGUCUCGUUCAAAUACCCAGGAAGCGAAGGGUAUGCCCUCCACAACGUAUCCUUCAAGAUUGAACGAGGGCAACUAUGUGUUAUCGUUGGUUCUAAUGGUUCUGGGAAAAGUACUAUCCUCAAAUUAAUUGCUCGUUUGUAUGACCCCUGCGAGGGCGAGAUCCUUAUUGAUGACCGGGAUAUACGGACGCUCAAGCUUGCGGACUUAAGACGUGCUACGUCUGUUUUAUUCCAAGACUACACUCAUUUCCCCUUAUCCAUCAAGGAUAAUAUCGGUCUGGGUGACCCAGAUAACGCCAACGAUGAAGACAUGAUCAUGCGAGCUGCUACCCUCGGUGGUGCGAAGGAGUUCAUCGACAAGCUGCCCGAGGGAUUCAAUACAUAUCUCGAGCGCCCUGUUAGGGAUUAUUACAGCGGCCUUCCCGAAGGCACGAAGACGCUGUUCGGGAGGCCGGUGGAUUAUAGCUCAGUAAGGACGUUCGGUAACAUAAGUUCGAGCGGGUCCAUCGGUUUGUCGGGCGGCCAAAUGCAACGUAUUGCUUUGUCCCGGACAUUCAUGCGCUCACUUGCUUCAGAGUCCAAGGUGGGGUUGCUCCUAUUCGACGAACCCAGUGCAUCACUCGAUCCAACGGCAGAACAUGAUCUCUUUGAACGAUUGCGCCAAUUGCGUGGAAAUAAAACGAUGAUCUUCUCCUCACACCGAUUUGGGAAUCUCACUCGGCAUGCCGACCUAAUAUUGUAUAUGAACGACUCCGUUGUUGUGGAAGAAGGCACCCACGAUGGGCUCAUCAAGAAGAAUGGAGAGUACGCGCGUAUCUGGAUGUUACAAGCACAAGCUUUUCUCCCAUAA